AUGGAAAAUCAUAACAAUGUGACUGAAUUUAUACUCUUGGGACUUCUGAUGGAGAAAGAGAUGAAGACAAUAUGUUUUGUCAUUUUCAUGGCCUGUUAUUUAGCAAUCUUCCUGGGGAACUUCAUUAUCUUCAUCACCAUCACCUGCAGCCAUCUGAUGCAGCAACCCAUGUACUAUUUUCUUUGGCACUUGUCUUUCAUGGAUCCAUGUUUCACUUCCACCAUAGUUCCCAGGCUUAUCAGUGACUUAGUUGCCACAAGGAAUACCAUUUCCUACAACUCUUGCAUGACUCAGCUCUUUACUUCUCACUUACUUGGAGGUGUUGAGAUGUUCAUCUUGGUGUCCAUGGCCUUUGAUCGCUAUGUUGCCAUCUGUAAGCCUUUACACUACAUGAUAAUUGUCAACAGGCAGAGAUGUAAUGUGCUGAUCUUACUUGCCUGGGUGGUGGCAUUUUGGCAUUCGAUUGCCCAGCUCUUUAUGAUCCUGAGGUUACCUUUCUGUGGCCCUAAUCAAAUAGAUCACUACAUGUGUGACUCAAAACCCCUCUUAAAGCUCGCCUGCACAGACACACAUAUUGCUAGCAUUUUAGUCAUUGCUAACACUGGAAUGGUUGUUUUGGCAACGUUUCUGGUAUUGGUUGCAUCUUACAUUAUCAUACUAUAUAACCUUAGGAAGCACUCAUCAGAAGGUAGGCGUAAAGCCCUCUCCACCUGUGCUUCUCAUGUCAUGGUUGUUUUGCUAUUUUUUGUACCAUGUAUCUCCACCUAUAUUCUACCCCCUUGGUCCCUAAGUAAUGAUAAGGAGUUCUCAGUGUUUUAUACUGUGAUUGCACCUUUGUUAAAUCCUCUUAUCUAUACUCUAAGAAAUGCAGAAAUGAAAAAUGCCAUGUGGAAGGUAUGGUCCAGAAAAUUGGCUUGGUUAUCCCAAUAA